GCACGCUGGGAUAUUUAAGUCUUCUCCGCGGCGCGGAGCCGCGAUGUCUCCGGCGGCUGCGGCGGCUGGAGGAGGCGACCGACGGCGCCCGAUAGCCGGUGUCAGGGACGGCCGGGGCCGGGCCUGGAGCUGCGGCGGGACGGCCGGGGCGGCGCUUCUCGGCCUAUCGCUGCUCGGCCUUGUGUUGUACCUGGUGCCGGCGGCGGCUGCGCUGGCCUGGCUGGCUGUGGGGGCUACCGCGGCCUGGUGGGGACUAAGCCGCGAGCCCCGAGGUUCUCGCGCCUUCUCCUCUCUCGUUCGGAACGCGCGGCGCCAGCGAGCACUGCUCGCCUCGCCUCCGGCCAAGUCGGCCGUGAACGGAAAUCUCCUAGAGCCGCGGAGCCUGCUCGGAGGACCCGACCCCGCUGAACUGCUCCUCAUGGGCAGUUACCUGGGCAAGCCCGGCCCCCCGCAGCCUGCCCCUUCCCCAGAGACCAGGGACCUGCGGGAAAGGCCGGGCCGACGCCCACCCGCCCGCACCGCGCCGCCGGCCCAGUCGGCGCAUCCCCAUCGCGUUCAAGUUCACCCCUCCCUCCUCACUCCUCUUCUCCGACCCUCAAGGAGGCCUUCCCAUCGGGAUUGUGGGACUUUAUCACAUCGGUUUGUUAUAACACCUCGAAGAAGAUAUCCAAUUCAGCAGGCCCAAUAUUCCUUGCUGGGGGUACUUCCCACAGUAUGCUGGAAUGGUUAUCACAAGAAGACUGUGCUCUCUGCUCGGAAUUCCAAAAUGGUGUGCAGCCCAGUGACAGUGAGGAUUGCUCCUCCAGAUAGCAAAUUGACUCGUUCUCCAUUACCAGAGCAAAUUCUCAGCUCACCACUGUCCUCACCAUCUACCAGUGCCCCAGACCCAUGUGCAAAGGAGACUGUACUGAAUGCCCUCAAAGAGAGGAAGAAAAGGACAGUGGAGGAGGAAGACCAAAUAUUUGCUGAUGGCCAGGAAAAUAAAAGAAGACGCCAUGAUAGCAGUGGGAGUGGACAUUCAGCAUUUGAGCCCCUGGUGGCCAAUGGAGUCCCUGCUUCUUUUGUACCUAAGCCUGGGUCUCUGAAGAGAGGUCUCAAUUCCCAGAGCUCAGAUGAUCACUUAAAUAAGAGAUCCCGCACCUCUUCCGUGAGCUCCUUGACAAGCACGUACACAGGUGGCAUCCCUAGCUCCAGCCGUAAUGCCAUUACCAGUUCUUACAGUUCUACUCGAGGUCUCUCUCAGCUGUGGAAGAGGAGUGGUCCCAGUUCAUCUCCCUUCUCUAGCCCAGCUUCAUCCCGCUCCCAGACACCAGAGAGGCCAGCAAAGAAAACAAGAGAAGAGGAGCUAUCUCAUCACUCUAGUUCUUCAACUCCAUUGGUAACAGACAAGGAGUCCCAGGGAGAAAAGGUUGCAGAUACAACCACAUGGAAGAAACAGAACUCAUGGAAUUCUCCAUCAACACCUGGCAGCUCUGGGCAGCGUAAACGGAAGGUUCAGCUGCUGCCCUCCAGGCGAGGGGACCAGCUGACCUUGCCUCCACCUCCCCAGCUUGGUUAUUCAAUCACGGCUGAAGACUUAGACUUGGAAAAGAAAGCUUCAUUACAGUGGUUUAACAAAGUCUUGGAAGAGAAGACUGAUACCGCCUCGAACUCUGUCACUGAGAACCCACCUACCAGUCAGUCUUCUUUCACUUUUUCCCUGCCGGUUGCUGGGACUGCUUCAUCCCCAACCUCCCUCCCAGCCCCAAGCACUAACCCACUGUUGGAGAGCUUGAAGAAGAUACAGAAUUCCCUGGGCCUACCAUCCCUCCCCGAAUCUGCUGGCGUGGCAACCACUGUGGCCCAUUCGCCUCCAAAGACACCCAGUCCUCUGGCUCUUCUGGGCUCUUCACAGUCAGGACCCCUUCCAGGCACCUCCUCAGACUCCAGAUCCACCACCACUUUCUUGGGGCUGACCCCUGCUUCUUCCCCAGGACCAGUCACUGACACCACCAGGUCACCUCCAGCCCCUCAGGCUGAGACAUCUGCCAAAUCCCAAGCCCCAUCUGCCCCGUCUCCCAGCCCCCAGCAGAGUAUUCUGUUUGGAAUGCUGAGCACCCCGCCUGCUAACCCUCCGGCCUCUGCAGCCCCUGCUGUAUCUUCAGCAUCUCCCAUGUUCAAGCCCGUUUUUGUGGCCCCGCCUAAAAGUGAGAAUGAGGGCCCCUUGCCCUCUAGCCCUUCCAAGGUCACAGCUGCGGCAUCUUCCAGCUCAGCCCUCCCCACGACUACCAGCAGUCCACCCCUCGCUUUCAAGCCUGUCUUUAGCAACAUGGGGCCACCCGCAUCUGUGCCCAUGUUAACUCCCUUCUUCAAGCAAACAGCUACUCCAGCCACUACCACGAGCGCCCCUGUCUUCACCGGCCAGGCCAGUGCCACCUCUACAGUGGCUUCCAUGACCACAGCCAGCACCUCCACAGACUCUGCUCCGAAGCCCGCGUUCAGCUUUGGUGUGAGCAACGUGACCAGCACCCUGAGCAGUGUGACUAGCACCACUGCUUCCGCCUCCCAGCCUUUCCUCUUUGGGGCUCCCCCUGCUUCUGGUGCCGGCUUCACCCCAGCUGUGGGCUCCAUAUUCCAAUUUGGCAAGCCUCCCACCAUGCCUACUUCAACAGCAGUCACCACCUUUGGCCAGUCCCUUCCCAGUGCCGCUCAGACAGCCCCCAGCAGCAGCAGCAGCAGCAGCACUGCUGGCUUUAGUGGUUUUGGCAGCACCCUCAGCACCUCAGCCCCGGCCGCCACCACCAGCCAGCCCACGCUGACGUUCAGUAGCACCACCACCCCGGCGUUCAACAUUCCCUUUGGCUCGAACACCAAGCCGCCUCUCCCAUCCUACCCGGCAGCCAACCCCCAGCCCACCUUUGGGGCCACUGAUGGGCAGCAGCAGGGGGCUGCCAAGCCGGCCCUUGUCCCCAGCUUUGGCAGCUCUUUCACUUUUGGAAACUCUGCAUCCCCGGCCCCGACUGCAACUCCAGCGCCAGCUCCAGCCCAGCCAGCCUUUGGUGGCACCGCGCAGCCGGCUUUCGGUGGUCUGAAAGCCACAGCCUCUGCUUUUGGCACCCCUGCCAGCACCCAGCCAGCCUUUGGCAGCACCACAGCUGUUUUCUCCUUUGGUGCAGCCACCACCUCUGGCUUCGGGGCGACAACGCAGACCACCAGCAGUGGGACCAGUGGCUCAGUGUUUGGCAGCACGACGCCAUCGCCCUUCACAUUUGGGGGAUCCGCAGCCCCAGCCAGCAGCGGGGGCUUCGGGCUCGGUGUGGCCACCCCGGGCACCAGCUCUGCCUCUGGAGCAUUUGGCUUCGGAGCAGGACAGAGUGGGACCACUGGCAGUACAACCCCUUUUGGGGGAGGCUUGAGUCAAAACAGCGUGGGCGCGCCCGGCCAGAGCACACCCUUUGCCUUCAAUGUGGCCAGCACGCCGGAUAGCAAACCCACGUUUGGAGGCACCUCCACACCCGCCUUUGGUCAGAACACCCCUGCCCCUGGGGUGGGUGCAUCGGGCAGCAGCCUCUCCUUUGGGGCAACCUCAACACCCGCCCAAGGCUUUGUCGGAGUCGGACAUUUCGGAUCACCUGCCCCCUCCUUUUCCAUUGGUGCGGGAUCCAAGACCCCAGGGGCUCGACAACGACUGCAGGCCCGGAGGCAGCACCCCCGCAAGAAAUAGCCUUUGUCCCUCGCCCCCACUCCCCCGCCACCCAGCUACACACACACACACCCCCACCCACCCACGCCUGCCGCCCCUUGCCCCAAAUCUGGACCUCGGCACCUGCUGGGAAGAGCCUCUGACCCUUCUCGUUCCAUAUAGCAGACCUACCCCAGAGCUCUGGCUUCAGCCACCAGGGAGGUAGUGGAAGCCCCAGGGGCUGUUUCCUUUCUCUCCCAGGAAGCAGAAGCCUCAGGCCUCUCGAGGGAGGGGGAGGCAGGACGUGGCAGGGCAGAAGCCUAUUCCCUUACUUGAACAGUUCCACUGGUGAGGCUGGAGAGAACUAAAAAAACAUCUGUACAUAUCGUCCGCUUCCUUCCCUGACUCUCGUUUUCGUGUAUAAGCUUAGUCAGGCGGCCUCCCUCCCGCCUUUUCCCUGAGAGCCAUCUUUGCCGGAGGCGAACAGGUAGAGCCCUCACCCACCUGCAUCUCUGAUCUGUGUUUGAUGGGACUGGGGGAUGGAUCAUCCCUAAAACUUUACCUUGCUUGGCUUGGCUAUAAAAAGUGGUUCUCCCCACCGGUCCCAUUAGGGGACUCAGUUUCCCCACUUCUUGCUGCUUCUUCCCUCACUGGUUCCUUGCAGGAUCAAUUCCCUUUGAAAUGAUCCUGACUCUAGCUUUGCCUUGGAGACCCCAGUGGGUGCUGCCCCUGCUGUUCCACUUCCUCCUGCCAAGUCCAAGCCGAUGUUUCAUCCCCAACCCUCUCUGCCAGUUUGGCCUCUAAAAGCUUGGUGGCUCAAGACUGUUAGCCUGGCAGACCGAGGGGUGAUACCUCCCCCAGGAGAGGGAAGCUCUUGGAGCAGGCAGGACGCCCCUGCUGCUUUCAGCUGCCUCUUCGCCCACCGUCCCCAUUGGCCUCACCUGGGCUCGUCUGCCUCUCCGAGGUUGUAUGUUUAAAGCCUUGUCCUGUGUUAUUUCGUCUGAUGCUCAUGUCUGUUGCUCUUUGAAUCGAGUUUGGAGGAAGAAUUGAAUUGUAUGAGUGGCGGCAUGUUGGUAGUGCCGGACUUAACUGUUUCUCAAGUUUCUGGGGCCUCGCUAAUUGAAUGUGGAAAGUAGCACCACUUUACGGCUACAAGUGCUGAGUCUUGAAUUUUCAAAUGGUGUUUUGACUUUAAGGGCUGGCAGCCCAGGAGGAUGGGGCUGAGGGGAAGCAAAGGCCUCUUCCCUCUGCUGUUUCUUUCCCCCCUGUCUAACCUCACUGAGGGCUAGAUCACUUGUAGUAUAUACUGAAGUAAAUUAACAAACCGCAUUUUAAAAUUGUGUCUUGCUCCCUCCACCCCUUCCCUUCUUUGUUCCAAAACCAUGUACCCCAGGCCCGAGAGCCUUGCUGCCAUGCCCAUCCUCUUUGGGAGAAGUGUGAAUGCGUGUGUCUAAAUUAAAAGAAAAAAUAUUUAAACAUUUUUUAACAAAA